GGAACGGUGGCCCUUGAUGUCACAAGGUGCCUGCUGGAAGGCUGCAGGAGCACCCGCCGCUCUGCUCACACGCUCGCCACCAGAUGAAAGUCUGGGGCCACCCGAGUUCAUUCAUGCCCUGACGCGCUUUGCAGCUUCGCAAUGUCGGCGCGCGGUCACUUCAUGGCAGACACCAGCCAGCACCUGAGGCGGAUACAGCGGCAGAUGAGGCUGCUGGACCUGCGCCUGCAGCUGCUCCGUGAGAAGCUGCUUGCAGCCCGCCUGCACAGGAUGAUGGCCUUUCACCGCUGCUGCCUGCAACUGCCCGAACUCCAACCCCCACCAAGAAGAGCCCUCCCUGCAAGGCUGGAUGUGGAGCGACGAAUCAGCAGAAUACAAAGAUUUAGCAGGACGUUGAGCUCGUCUCAUAAUCGGAGUCAUUUGGCUUUGAUUGACGUGAAGGGUUUUGAACCCAAGGACGUCAGUGUGGAGGUGAAGGACGGGAAGGUGACAGUGUUAGCAGAGCACAGGGAGGAGCGCAACACCUCGGUGUCAAAGACCUGUAACUACAGAAAAUUCAUGAAGGAGUUCAACCUGCCGCCAGGGGUGAGCGAGGAUGAGGUGACCUACUCUCUGGAAUCCAACAGCGUCAUGAAGAUUGAAACAGCACCCAAGGGCUGCCCUCAGCUCCAGAACUACUGAGGAGGCACAGUCAUCCCUCUGCCGCAUCCCUUCUUCCCACCAGCUUAAGUCUGUCCUGCUAACUGUGUGCUAGCAGCUUCUCUCACCUCUUCCAAAAAAGAAGACAGCACUCU